GUUGCGGAUCUUCUCUUUCAAACAGCCCAAGAUGCGGGGCUCCGGUUUGACUCCGUGUGUGGCGCUUACACAGCGCUGCCCUUGGCCACAAUUAUCUGCUCUGAAAAGCAGAUCCCAAUGCUCAUACGGAGGAAGGAAGCAAAAGACUAUGGUACUAAGCGGCUGGUGGAAGGCACCAUUAAUCCAGGAGAAACGUGCUUGAUCAUUGAAGAUGUGGUAACAAGUGGAUCUAGCGUGCUGGAAACUGCAGAAGUUCUUUGGAAAGAAGGGUUAAAAGUCACAGAUGCCGUAGUGCUGUUGGACAGGGAGCAGGGCGGGAAGGCCAGGUUAGAGGAACGUGGAAUUUGCCUGCACUCUGUGUGCACGUUGUCUGGGGUGUUGGAGAUUCUCCAUCAGCAGGGAGAAGUGGCUGCUGAGAUGGUUGAAAAGGUGAAGAAAUUCAUUCAGGGAAGUGUGUUUGAGCCAGUGGCUCAGAACGGCCUCACUCCUGUGAGGAGACCGUGUGAGGAGCUGAGCUUCAGCGCUCGUGCGAAGCUGCCAGGGGUACAUCCUAUUGCAGCCAGGCUUCUCACGCUCAUGGAAAAGAAGCAAACGAACUUGUGCCUUUCUGCCGAUGUCACCAGCUCCGCAGAGCUGCUGCAGUUAGCUGCCAUCCUGGGCCCCAGCAUCUGUAUCCUGAAGACUCACAUAGACAUCCUGAAUGAUUUUACCCCCGAGGUAGUAAAGGAGUUGAGAACGCUUGCAGAUCAACAUGAAUUCUUGAUUUUUGAAGACAGGAAAUUUGCAGACAUUGGAAACACAGUAAAGCAUCAGUAUGAAGGUGGUGUGUUCAGAAUCGCAUCCUGGUCAGACAUCAUUAACGCCCAUGUGGUUCCAGGCUCUGGAGUUGUGAAAGGUCUGAAGGAAGUAGGUCUUCCUCUCCAGCGGGGCUGUCUUCUGAUUGCCGAGAUGAGUUCCCAAGGGUCACUUGCAACGGGUGAAUACACAAAAGCUGCAGUACAGAUGGCUGAAGACAACUCAGAUUUUGUUUUUGGAUUCAUUUCUGGAUCUAGAGUUAGUAAUAAACCAGAAUUCCUUCACUUAACCCCAGGGGUGCAGCUGCAAACCGGAGGUGAUAACCUUGGACAGAAGUACCUAAGUCCCAAAGAGGUUAUUAGCGAAAAAGGUUCAGAUAUCAUUAUUGUGGGACGUGGGAUUUUGUCAGCUUCAGACCGUCUUCAAGAAGCGGAGAAAUACAGGAAGGCAGCUUGGGAGAGCUAUGUAAGCAGACUUGGUGUUCGAGCAGAAGAUUGAAAGCAGGCCACUUUUCUAGUGAAUAAGCAAAGCUG